UGAGACAAGGCAGCUACGUGCGCCACGUGUACUAUUGUUGAAGGCGUCAGUGGUCAGGCCUUAAGACUGAUCUAUAUAUGAGCCUGAUCUGUGUCUAUAUUUAGGCGCGUUUAUGUGACGCACUGUACAUAUAUCUAUCGUCAUCCACGUGGCCGGCCUUGUACGUAAGAGAUGAUGAACAGGCGGAGCUUUCCUUCUUUCCUUUUUUGUUUUGUCUUUUUUCCCCUUUGCGCUCUGAUACACGGUGUGACGAUAUAUGUAUAACGCUCUGAUAACUCUGUGACGAUAUAUUGUCACACUGUGAAUCUGUGACCAAACAGUUUGUCACAGCCCCUCGUUUGUUGUCCUCUUCUCUCUCUCUGCCUACGAUUUACCGGGCAGUUCUAUUUGUGACGAUAUAUAUUCUUGUGACGAUAUAUAUAAAUACAUACAAAUUAUUAGUAAUCCUAUUCUUCUUUUUCCUAUCUUGCUUUUCCCGUUCUCAGUCCAAGCACCGCGCGCGCAGCUCAAAAAGAGGGACACUCAAACACGGAGUCCGGGGGCACGCUCACAGACAUAUCCUCUCACACGGAGAGAGCGAUAGGGAAGGGGGAAGAGAUGGCAGUCGUGCCAGCUCUUGGGGGGGCCACCAGUGUGUCCAGGUUGCAUGGGUAUCCCGACCGACUAUCAAUGCGUGCGGGUCCUAGCGGUGGCGGGGGGAGCGGUAGCGGAAGCGGCGCGGUGGUCGUUGGCGGGCCCGUUGCGCAUGCGUGCGCCGUUUCUUUGUCGAUGGAUUCCGGAGGAGGAAGGGUUUUGGAGGCGCGCCGACGUCGAGGGGGAGGUGGCUGUCGCGCUGGCAUCGGUAGGGGAGUGAAGCUGCUGCUCUCCGCUGGAGGGCGGUUAUGGCGCAGCGGAAGUCUGAGCUCUUCAAGAAGGAGGCGGUGUACCGCUGUCGGGGGGCGAUCGGGAUCGCCAUCCGAAGACGAUCGCCGUGACGUAUCGCCACGUGCCUCUGCAUCGUCAUCGGAAUCGGGUAAUUGGAUGGGCAACCUUGUCAGCAAUCGUUCAAGCGGCGGCUUGCCAUCAUCUUACAGCGAAAGCUGUCGACAGGCAGAGGAGUUCGAGUGCAGAGUUCUAAGUAUUGGCCCACCACCUGGGGAUGUGGCUGAGAUGGAAGCCUUUUGCCGCAUUCAUAGGCUUGCAGAGGAGCUUCACGAGGUGGUCAUGCAGGCCCUUCGUAACCAUGCGCGGGCAAAGAAUGAGCGCAAUCAGCAGACGAAAAAUUCAAGAGCUGGCAGAAAAGCAGCAGUGCAGAAGCCAGGUGUUCUCCCUGGGUCUAAGGUGACACAGAAUACUGAGGUAGAGAGGGUGAAGGGAGCAAAUGCAGAGGGAGCAAUGGAGGAGGAAGGAGAUGUGCCGGAGUGGGAAGAAAAGGUCGUUGCUAGUUUGGCUCGCAUGGCAACAGUGUUGCAUGAGGGUCGGGCUCAACUUUACAGUGCUGCAGCAGCGGCGGCAGCAGCAGCAGCAGAGGUUUCUCCGGCGACCUCAAGGUUGGAGGGUGCUGGUCGAGCGGCAGGUGCAAAGGCACCCACAGUGAGUGCCCUUGGUCAGCUGCGCGAUGAAAUCAGGAGGUGUACCAUAAACAUUAAGGGGAGUGUAGAUGGGGUGUUGCUGCCAGGUCGGGAACUGACCAAUGUGUACAGAGCUUUGGAGCGGCUUCGUAACCUCUGCCUGGAUGCCGGGUUUGCAAGAUCCCUGAGGGCACCGUCGCCUGUAGACAUUCCCAAUUUUGCACGUGUGACCCGUGGCAAGGAUGAUGGGGGUGCGUGGACAUCAACUGGUGAUUGGUUAGGGCUGUUAGAUUCCGCACUCUUUUGCAGGGGUGGUCAACUGACAGACGAGGGGGUAGAGUGGUUGGUCUGCAAUGGGUUCAAAGCCAUAAUAGAUCUUCGGGCCGAAGAUCGGGACAAUCAGCUGGUCAAGCCGGUAGAUUUAGAGAUGAGAAUCCCAGUUAUACACAUGCCUGUGGAUUUAGGAGGGGUGCCAACUGCCUCUCAGGUCCAGGAAUUUGCACGAAUUGCUGAUGACCCGGACUAUCGUCCGUUCUAUGUGCACAGCACAAGGGGUUUGGGAAGGGCAUGUGCAUUGAUUGCUCGCUGGAAGCAGACUGUGCUGGUUGAGACAAUGAGACGAGGAACGAUAUCAUCUCAUGGGCAAGCUUCAAGGAAUGACAUCUCCGCGUCCGAGGCGGAGACAACGAGACGAGGAACGAGGUCAUUUCAAGGGCAAGCUUCAAGGAAAGACAUCGCCGUGCGUGAACCCUCAAUGACCAGUGGUGCUCGCGAACCCAAUUUGCAGAGCCCUGGCGCGGCUUCUGCCCAGCUUGGCAACAGUCAGGGAGAUUUGACGUCUGAGCAGGUCGUCAAUGUAGCGAAUGGUACUGCAACAAUGGUGUCAAACACUGACUCUGAUCUGGAGAAGAAGGAAGCAGAAGGUGGUCAAAGAUCUGUUGGAAGAGAAACGUCUGAUUCCAGUGGAAAGGCACAAACAGUGGAUGCUGCUGGUAGUAGUCUUGGAAAGUCCGCGAAGGUCCCAGAAUCUGCAAAUGGGGCAUUAAAAGGGACUGGUUUGUUGCUGAGAGAGGAAAACGGGACAGCAUCUGCUGGAGUGGAGAGUGGAGGCCAUGAUCUGGGGAAAGCAGCAAGUCCACAGGUUGUGGCUGGCGUAGCAGUUCAUGAUAGUAACCAAAACUCACCACAGCAGGCCGCUGUGGAGAGGCAGGGGGCUGGAGAAUUGUCGCAGAGUUCGCUGUCAAAUGCAGUGGUGAGGGAUGAAGAGCGUGCUUCCCGGGGGACAGUCUCUCCAGAGGUUGAUUCGGCUGGCAUUAGGCCUCAAAACUCGGAGCAGGGAGGGGAAGAGGAGAGCGAGGAUGGUGUGUUUUUCAUGAAGGGGUCUGUGCUUGAAGCGCAGAGGCCCGGACCAGGGAUAUUGUCAAGGGAGGGGAUGUCCAUGUUCUUGAAUAGGAAGAAGGUUAUCCCGAACAGUAUGAUUGCGAGUGCAAACAGAGGCAGAGGAAGGAUAUCCCAAGUGACAACUGUAGUGGUCAAAGGUGAUGAACAAUCCAUUGCAGGUGCGGCAGGACGGUGGGGCCGUGUUAAAGAGGGGAUUCCAAGGGCAGGAUCUGGGAGCUCGAGCUCUGAGGCUGGUAGCAAUGAAGACAAGAAGAUUCCUGUGCCUAGCGCUCGUACGUCUGCUGUGUACAGUUCAGGCACAGAUGAGCUUCAAACCAGUAAGAAUGGUGCAAUGAGAGAAGCUGGAAGCACACCGUCACCGCCAAACGGGCGAACGAACAGAUACCGUGGGCGGUCCACAUUUUCGCAGGAAGUAGAAUCCCCUCGGCAGUUUGGAAGGUAUGCAGAUGUGGCUGAAGGGGGAGAGAUUUCUGUGGGAGACCUGUCUGGGCCUGGGGAGGACGUAGAACUGGUUGGACAAGGACCUGGGGAGGACGUGGGAUUGGUUGCACAAAGACCUGGGGAGGACGUGGAGUUGGCGGGAGGAGGGUCUGGGGAGGACGAUAAGUUGGCUGUGAAAGAUUCAAGUGGCUCUCUAGCUGAACGUGAGAGGGAUACUUCGACUACAGAGAAGGAGAUUGGGAAGGUGAUGACCAACGAUGAUGAACAAACUGUGGUGGAAGAGGUGGUCAUGAUUGAAGGGGAUAUGUGUUCUUCAACUACAGGUGUUGUGCGUUUGCAAUCCAGGAAGAAGGCGGAGAUGUAUCUUGUGAGGACGGAUGGCUUUUCUUGCACAAGGGAGAGGGUGAGAGAAUCAACACUGGCAUUCACGCAUCCGAGCACACAGCAGCAGAUGCUAAUGUGGAAGACGCCCCCACAGACGGUGUUGUUGCUCAAGAAACUUGGGGAUGAGCUCAUGGAGGAGGCCAUGGAGGAGAGGGUGGACUUUGUUGUGUGCCUAGGUGGAGAUGGAGUGAUUCUUCAUGCGUCCAACAUCUUCCGCACAGCUGUACCACCAGUUGUCUCGUUUAACCUCGGUUCACUUGGGUUUCUCACUGCCCAUCCUUAUGAAGAAUUCAAACAGGACUUGAAGCGAAUUAUCUAUGGCAAUAGCACAAUGGAUGGUGUAUAUAUUACUCUGCGGAUGAGGUUGCGCUGUGAGCUUUUCAGAAAUGGGAAGCCUAUUCCUGGAAAGGUGUUCGAUGUUUUGAAUGAAGUGGUGGUUGAUCGUGGGUCCAAUCCAUACCUUUGUAAGAUAGAAUGCUAUGAGAGGAAUCGACUCAUAACCAAGGUUCAAGCAGAUGGCGUCAUCGUUGCAACACCAACAGGAAGCACAGCCUACUCCACAGCUGCAGGAGGAUCAAUGGUUCAUCCGAAUGUACCAUGCAUGCUUUUCACUCCAAUUUGCCCACAUUCACUUUCUUUCCGGCCAGUGAUUCUUCCAGAUUCAGCGCUCCUUGAGCUGAGGGUGCCAACCGAUACCAGGUCCAAUGCAUGGGCAUCCUUUGAUGGAAAGAGGCGGCAACAGCUCUUGAAAGGGGAUUCCGUCGAAAGAGUGAGACUGGAAAACUCUGACUGCCGCGAUGUCGAUGGGGAUGCCAACAGGUUCCUGAGAGUGCAAGAAGCUCUGCGUUUGUUUCUUUCGACUGCAAGAGUAAGCAGGUGCUUGGACGGGGGGAAAGUUUAAGUGUUAAGAUGAGCGAGCAUCCGAUGCCCACCGUAAACAAGCAUACGGGUACCGAUGACUGGUUUGACAGCCUAACGCGCUGUUUCAACUGGAAUGAGCGCAUUGAGCAGAGGCCGAUGUAACGAACAUAGAACAGCCGAAAAGAGUGGUGUAGUCUUGUAGAGGCUUUUAGCUUGGCCUUUCUAUCUUCAGUCAGGUCAGAUUGGGUGGAGACCCCAUCAACGGAGGGAAGGGAGGUGGUUUUGUGUUUCGACAGAGUCCGUACUGGCAUCCAACCAUGAUUAUUGACCAGAGUUUAGCACUCAAAGAAAUGAGCACUGCGCGAAACUUCUGUUUGAGCUAUUAAUAGACCUACGUGGAAUCGUAGGGGAUCGCAGGAGUUGAAUAGAGUGAUGGAGAGAGGCUCAGAAGUUGCGGGUAGGCAUUUCCUUGGGAGAGUCGGCUUUGUGUUUCUGUAGCCUUUGCCGGCUUGCAACCAGGAUUGACUAUAGUGUUUAGCACUGAAAGAAAGGAGCAACGCUGGGAACUUAGCUCUUCGAGCUAUAUAUUUAAUAGACCAUCAUUCGAAAGAUACAGAGAAAGAGGAGGAGAUUAGCAUGGCCCCUGCGCAAGGAUGAUGGCACAUGCGUGAAUCGAGAUAGAAAUGAAAUGGUCCAGAUUUCUUUGAGAAGAGGAAAAAAGAAAUCGAUCAUCAUGGCAUCAGAGAAAGAAAAAAAAAACAGGAGUCGAACAGAGUGAGGGAGGCGCUAGGGAGAAGCUUGUUGUAGGUAGGAGGUAGGCCUAUGUCCUUACCUUAGUCUUAUAGCUUGUAUCCAUUUUGGAGCAAAACUACCGUGGUGCUCGUUGUGAGAGUAGGAAUCAAUGCUGUGUUGAUGAGAUUCGUCAGUGCGACGCCACUGUGACGCAGGCUUUAUGAGGUCUGCGGUGUUGCUAAAUGUGAGGGUGGGAGGCUGUGAGCCAAUUGAUUUCUCCCACAAUCAGUUAACCAACUGAUCGAUUAUGGGAUCGAUCAAUCGGUCGGUCGGUUGGUUAUGGGUUGGUUGGUUAGCUAGUUCAUUGGUUACCCAAGGGAUUGGUUGAUUAAACCACCAGUACCUGGCCCAGCUAUUGGCCAUGGGAAAAAAUAGAGUAGAAACGAUUAUAGUCGGACGAAUUUGGGCGCUCCUGUAGUGGCCCGUACAUUUCCUAAAAUCAUGGCGUGGCUUGUUAACGGGGGCACGACUUUAGGAAGUACUGGUGGUUUAAUUCAUUGGUUGGUUACAAUGGUUAGCCAAGUGGUUGGUUGGUUAAUUCAUUGGUUAGUCAAUUGAUUGAUACAAUAUCAGUUCGAGUGUAGUGGGGUGUCACUUGUUAUGCAUUAUACAAGUUACAGCCAUGAUUGAUUUGAUUGGUUGGAUUAAACUUGAUGGAUUGAUUUUGUGUAUUACUGUGUCAGGGUGUACUCACACUAGCACUUAUAUCUUAAAUGUAUCUGACGGCAUUUACGGCUGGACCAGACUGCAACUGGCCGCAAUUCCGUCCAGACAAAAGUAAAAGUGUGAGUAUGCCCCUCAGUUGUUGAUCACCUCAAGUAUUCGAACGAUGGACUCCAGGUCACGAUGCAGAUCACUUGGAGGUCCGUACUUUGGUAGUUGGGAUCUCGAGUAUCGUGUGGUCUGUGUCGCUGUGUUUCGUUCGACUUUCACCAUGGUUGAUUCCUCAGCCAGUGGAUUUUGAGUUUGACCAUGGUUGAUAUCCUCGGUCAUUGUAUACCAAUCGACCAUUAUUGACUGAAGACUGCAGUCUUGGAAUUCUUGUCCGCCUCUUGGUCGGGAGUGAUCAAUCCCUUAAUUUCAAUCGAAUUGAAUCGAUACUUCGCCUUGGUUUUAGCUUUCGUUUUGGCAACGUAGUGUGCCUUGGUCUUAGCUUUCGUUUCGGGGUCCUUUUGGAGUUCAUUUUCCCGUCUUGGCUUUGACGGUACGUUUCCUUUUUGGAUUUCGAGGCUCCCACUCGAUUCCGGUUUCUCGUUGGACAACGGCAAGGUCUACGGGCGAUUCGCAAUUCGCAUUUAGUCGUAAAUUAGUAUGUCACAUUUUGCUGCACUCCUCAUUGUUGCCAGGGCCAAGAUAUUUGUUUGCCAACAGCUCCAUGGGCGAUUUCGGCGACUGCAAGCUCUGAAACUUGGGUCGCCACUUGGACUGGUCGGAUAAGCAGUUGGACGCUCGGCACUUGGGACUCCUUGGAGUUCCACGUUCAGAGAAAUGGGUGAUCCAUUCCUCCUGUGAUGGUAGGAGGUUCAGUCGAUGAAUCUGCGACCUUGGGCUGUGAGUGAGGAAUUGGCCGGCGGCUUUGACAAGCACUGGUGUAGCGAAAUUCCUCGACGAAGGGGUAUUUUCUUAAUUGCUGACUCGAUUUUGAGAAGCGGUUGAUUGUGGGUUUAAACUCAUAUUUAGCUACGAGCAAACGCCCUUUGGCACAUGUUCCCGGGUUUUGGGGUGAAACCCAGAAAGGCGGCGCCGAUGGCUUGCCCCGACUAUGGGCUUUGACUGUGGGACUCAUGAUUCCUGGAACCCUUUGGGUCUGUCAGACUCGCUGAAUCUAGAAUUCUGUGGAGAGAUGGUUGCAGCAGUGGUACUCGUCAACGUCGAGAGCAGGUUUUUGUGCUGAGUGGGACUGGUGAGGCAGAGAAGGGUGUAGCCAGUGUACAAUUCACUGUACAAAUGAUACUGCAUGGUACGUAGUACGUACACAUAGUGAGGAGUUGCCUUUUUACUGCACGCAAUUGCAGCACUGGACUUAUUUUGUACAACUUCCUUAGCAGUAGAUAGUCAUUAGAAGUGGAGUACAUUUAUAUAUAUAUAUAUAUAUAUAUAUAUAUCGUCAAAUAGAACUGCCCAUGUACUCCACUUCUAAUGACUAUGAGUCGGUGAAACUCCGACGAAACAGUUUGUCACAGCCCCUCGUUUGUAGUCCUCUUCUCUCUCUCUGCCUACGGUUUUACCGGGCAGUUCUGUUUGUGACGAUAUAUAUAUAUAUGUGAAGUAAUAAUUGUUAUAUGAAUUGUAACGGUCUGCAACCGAUGCGCUUCUUGUUCUUUUUCUGUACAGCUACAUGUUCCAUUUCUGUGCAGCUCCAUCUAUACCCCUCCUGACUCAUUGGCGUGGUUCGCUACAGCCAUUGGACUUAACAGGGCAAUGGCGCCCGCGGAUAGAAUGGCUUAUAGCUUGAAAGGGUGCCAUGACAUGUUCUGUGAUGGGCUGCUCGAUAGACUAGCACUGCAUUCUCUUUGAAUUAGGUGAAUCUGACAUCUCUGUGGGUAGAGCAAGCAGUGCCACGCACAUGCAAGUGUGCCUGCAGGCGAGGAUGUGUGAGAUUCUGAGCAAUCAGCAAGGAGGUUUGUGACUGUCUGAGGAAAGACUGUGAUAGUAAAGGCGAGUGAGCUUUCACUUGCACUAACUGAGAGUUACAGACGUACUAUAGUACUGUUAACUCGAGUUAUGCUCGCACUGUGCUUACAGGGAACUGGUUAUCCACUUACUGCAGAAGUUACUGUAGUUAACAGGUAACUGCAGCUAGUGUCACCAGUCACACAAUUGUGUGUGUGUGUCUGUGUGUGUGUGUGUGUGUGUGUGUGUGUGUGUGUGUGUGUGUGUGUGUGUAAAGUGAAGCCCAGCAGCAGUAAGCAGUUAUGUGGCGUGCUGUCAUGUAUGGUUGAGCGUAAAGGUGGGACUCAAAGCAGAUGCAGUAACUAUUACGGUUACUGUGCGAGUUGCAGUUACUAUGGUAAAUUCCAGCAUAAGUAUAGCAGUUAAGCAACCCUUUCACCAGCGCUACGAAUUUCUCACAGGCAAUCUCUCACUUGAGAAUUUGCACUCCAGCCGUGCAUGGUUGUGCAUAAACUCUUACUAUUACUGUUACUGUUACUGUGAUCUGUACAUGGAAUCACAACAGUUAGUACAUGGUGUGCUGCCGUGGAUGGUUUUGCAUAAAGGUGGGAGUGAGUCAAAACAGUUUCAGUAACUGUUCCAGCGUUAGUUGCUUUUACUGCAGUUAAGAAAAGCGAGCAGCAGUAAGCACUCACAUGGUGUGCUGUCACGUAUGGCUGAGCGUAAAGGUGGGACUCACAGCAGUCGCGGUAACUGUUACUGCGGUAGUUUCUUUACUGUGGUAAAUCCCUGCAACAGUAAGCAGUUACAUGGUGUGUGGCUGUGCGUGGUCGUGCAUGAAGGUGGGAGUUAUAGUAGUUUCUGUAACUGUUGCAGCGGUUGUCGCAGUUACUGCAGUAAAACCGAGCAACAGUAAGCGGCCGCAUGGCGUGCUGUCAUGCAAAGUUUCUAGCUGGGUGGUGUUUGCUUCAAAAUUUGGUGUGUGACGCGGGCUGCCCCUCCCCCCCCCCCCCCCCUGGACACUCCGGCAGUGAUUGCAACCGCCCACCUGAACCUCAUAUGUUGUGAUAUUUCAUCCUGGACACUCCGGCGGUUCGAACAGAAAUUUUCACAGUAUGGUCUCAUCUUCCAUUUCAUUGGGCAACUUCUGUUACCAAGAUAAGUGUGCUCAGCCGAUGCUCGACCGUGCUGGCGUCAACGUUGCUGCUUCUCGUCAAGUUGUAUUUCACAGACACAGCAAGUGGUGUCUGUCUGCUUAAAGAUUGAGAGCUUUUCGGUCGCGAUGUAUAAUGGUCGGGGACUUUCAAAACUUCACCCAAUCUGUGAUUGGGGGCAAUGGCAGCUGCUGAGGAGGUUGAGAAACUGGCUGAACCAAGAGGACAAAAGAGCACAACAGA